UGUGUAUAAUAUGUAUUUAAUCGUACUUAGUGUCCACCGCAGCUCACGAGUCACGGCUCACCACCCGGCACUCGCAUUAACCAUAAAAAGGACGAUGGACGUAUCACUAAAAUAGAAAAAAUUGUCCGUGGUCUGCACUCUCCAGUCUGUUUAUUAAGUGAACUUUGGUAUAUCUUCCGGUUUUAUACAUUCAUGCUUGAAAUAUUAUAAGCAGAAUUACUAAAUGUAUAUAGAAAACCAUACAUUUAGCUGCGUCUGACGGUCCAUUCAAUAUUCAAAUGUUUUGAAAUUUCCCGAGAAACCGUACACUUUCACAGGUACGUUUACUGUUGAGUGGUUAUGCAAUAAUUACGCACGCCUAAGUGUUGUAGAGUAAAUCAUUGUUUACAUCCAUUUGUUAAUAUAUAUAGAACACACAGACCUACUGAUAUUAUGCCAAUAAAUGACUAUUACCCAUUUACAAGUAAAGAAAUUAUACAAAGAGCUUUUGAAGUAUGGCUGUAAUUUAAAACUUACUGACAAAAAUUAUUAUAAAAGUCGAAUCAAACAGGAAUUUUUGGUCAAUAAACAGUUAGUUAAACCGGAAGAGAUUAAAUUUUUCUUUGAUAAAGGAAAAGAGUUAUUAAAGAGAAAGUCAAUAGUUUAAAUUGUGUCCGUUUCCUUUAUAUCAAUGUAUUCAUUAUUAUGUAAGGCUCUACCUUUUAACACUAAAAGUGUGAAGAAUGCUAGAAGCAUUAGUUUAACAUUAUUCAAUAAGAAACAGACAAUAGAUCACUCAAAAGUACCUAUCAUAAAUGAAAAUGAACUUGAAGAAAUGUUUGUUAAGGGCAGUGGCCCUGGUGGUUCAGCCGUCAAUAAAAAUGCUAAUUGUGUUGUAUUAAAACAUAAACCAACUGGCAUUGUGAUUAAAUGUCAUGAAUCAAGAUGUGUGGAAGAUAACAGAAAAAUAGCUAGAGAUAAACUUGCUACAAAAUUAGAUGUAAUAGAAAAUGGUAAUGAGUCAGUCGAAGCACAAAAAAAAGCAAUUACGGAAAAAAAGAAUGCACAAAAAGAAUGGAAACGGAAAAAAUUAGAAACACUGAAAAAGGAUUGGAUUGAAAGAGAAAGUAGUUUUAAACCUUAAAUUAUCAUAAUUCAUAACCAAUAGUUUAGUAUUUGACUUGUUUUUUGUUGGAAAUGAGGUAAUUGUAAAAUGUAAAUGUUCUUAUUACUAAAUUAGAAGUAGGUACAUUAUGCAUUUAUUAAUUGUAAUUGUUUAGUUUAUUAUAUUCUAUUAUUGAUUAGUCAAAUGUAAUAAAUAUAAUUAAAUAAACAAUGUAUGUAAUAG